CUGUCAAACUUACUGACAUCUUGAAAUGUCAACAAAAAAAAAAUCAGAAAAACAAUCAGCUCGACUUUUCUCAAAACAAUUUCAUUAAAUGGCACCCCAACCAGUUGUGACUGGCUUAUCGCCGAAAGAAGGACCACCUGGCACACGAAUCACUAUUCGUGGUGAAUUUCUGGGUACUCGAGCGUCGGAUUUAGUUGGUCUAACAAUUUGUGGGAGUGAUUGCCUUCUAUCCGCCGAAUGGAAGUCACCGAACAAAAUAGUCGCUCGGACGGGCUCAGCCAAAGGAAAAGGGGACAUCAUCGUAUCAACCAUGAAUGGUGGUGUUGGAACGUCUACUGUACAAUUUCGAGCCUACCAUGAAUCCAUUGGUCCGAUGAAGGAAUCCGCAGUUUGGAUUGAAGAAUCUCCAAUGCAAUCGCUGGCAUGGGGACGAAGAUCUUUAGCUCCGACCGGUUAUUCACAAGAGGAUCCGCUCGGUUUGUCGAUCGAAGGCAACGAAAAAAAGAUCACCGACGAUUUGCGGGACAUAUUUCCCGAUUGUGGUGGCGAUCUAUCGCAGGACAAUUUUUCGCCUGGUUGGUUCCUCUUGGAGCACCACAAUUCAACGUCGUUCGAGGAUCUAAAGGCUGGAUUGUCGUAUUUGCGCCGUAAAGUCGAGAGCCAACGAGACGGUCAACUGUCAUUUUUAAAAGCUAAUGCCGGUUCUGUCAUCGAUCAGUUAGAUACUCUGAUGAUGCUGCGGGAUAAAUUUCAAGAUGACGUCAAACUCGUCGGAAACGAACCGGUUGAGAAGCUGCGAAAGGCUAUCUUAGAGUCCAUCAUUGAGUCGAAGAGCCUCUUUUUGGACGUACUGUCACGUCGCGAAAAAGCUGAUGCCACUCGAGCGGCCUUACUUGCACUCUCUCGACACAAAUUCCUGUUCUGCCUACCGAAUUCGGUGGUGAAAAGUGCUAAGAAGGAGGAGUAUGACAUCGUAAUCAAUGACUAUGCCAGGGCACAGAAUCUAUUCGGUAAAACGGAAGUUCCGAUUUUCAGGAAAGUCUUAGACGAAGUUGACUUGCGGAUUGUUGAGAUUUGCAAGGAACUUCACAAGAAAGUGGUAAACAUGCCACAGAGUGUUGAGCAGCAGAAAAAGUUUGUCAAAGCACUGAUCAACCUAAGCGCCAUUUCAUCCAACGUUUCGACGGGACAACACACGAAGACUAAAUUUAUCACCGAAGAUCCGGCUUGGGAUGCCAUUGAAGCCCGUGCAAAAUAUUUGGAAGAAACGUACCGGACCACAUUCGACCAGUAUGUUUCGAAAGAAUCGCAACAAAGCACGUCCAAAUCGCGUGACAAUCGUGACUCGUUGCCUCAUCGAGUGCAAUUUUGCGACGAACUCACCGAAAUCGCUGCCGGUUGGAUUCCGGAUCUGUGGCGAUUAGGUCAAAGUUAUUUUACUGGCGAACUCAGAGGGCUAACAGAACCGAAACCGGGCAAUUUUAAGAAAAUCAUCCUGACGGCUAUUGAGCAAUUCUGCACUUACAUACGAGCAGCCGUUCUGUCAGCAUCCGGCUCAAAGUCUCUGUUUCCACCGUCGAGUCUGUCAUGGCCUAACAAUUCGAAUUCGGCAAUAAAUCAGUUUCUUCCGUGGUUGCCGCACUGUCUCCGAUAUGUACGGAUUUCCUAUGCUACACUGAUACGACUUGAUCUACCUAAUGAAGUGCUGGACAUAGUUCAGCGACUGAUCGAUCAGAUACGACUGUUCAACUUGAUAACGGUCUUCAAGAAGGCAUUGGACAAAGUUAAAUACCUGGAAGAUCAAGAAACGUGGACGAUGGGUGUGAGCGACUAUGCUGGAGCAACGCUUCUUCCAUCGCUACUGGAACAAUUGAUUGUUGAAACAUUGGAAGAGUGUCACAGUACGUGCCUGAAUCCGGAAAUGAGAGAACAAACGAUUUUGGAAGCAAAUUCGGAUGGGCAACGAGAAAUCGCCCAGCGACUUCAAGACAUUUUGGACGCAUUUUGCGGUGUCAUUGAGUCAUUGGCGUUCCAACGCGGAGAUGAUGAUGUUCAUGGGAUGGGUGUGUCACAAAUGAUUGGAUUUCCGAAUUCGUCGCAUGAUAACGAAUUCAAGAACUGGGGUGGCAUUGUAUCAUGGGAGCAACGUCUGCUCUGUUGCAUGGCCAAUUGUAUGUAUUGUCACAAAAUAUUUUUCCCGCAUCUCGGAACGGUAUUCACCAAAUUUGGCUAUCCGGCGCCUAUGCUGGCUAUCGAGAGUGGGAAAGCGUCUAUCAAUGGCUUGUUUAAUAGCAUCCUUGAGACCUAUGUCGAGCACAAGAGUGAUCCACUGUUGGGUACCAUUGAGCCGUCGAUGUACAUCGGUCGUUUUCAAUGGAAUUUGGUGCAAGAAACUGGCAGAUUGAGACCAUAUGCACACGAAUGUUACGACAACCUGGUUGGCGUGUAUUCGGAAAUAUUCACCGUAUCGCCGAGUCUGUUGCGACUCGUUUUGGAACCCAUCGUUCAGACCGUAGCUGAAGAAUUGGCUCGCUUAAUGAGUUGCGUUCAGAAAUUCAACGCAAUGGGUGCUAUGCAAGCCAACAUAGACAUUCGACUGUUACGCGAUGCUCUCAAAUUGUACAGCAACAGCACAGCCAAGUCAUUUUUCGGCGAAGCAUUGGACGCAAUACCGAAACUGUCACCGGAAGGCGAGCAGCAAGUGAACGAUAUGUUGAAGCUUAUCAAAGGUGACAUGAAAUUGCAAUUGUUGUGUUUCUCUGUACAAAAUCCGUAACCGUUGCGGUUCAGUGAUGAUAAUAAUAAACGAAUUGUUCCAUGA